CUACUUCUCCUCUCCAACCAGUAGUCGGGCGAAGUCGGUGUCGCGAACUUGUGGCAGUACUCGGUUAUAGGGUUUUGUGAUUCGUCUCAAAAUGAGCUGGCAGGAUUACGUUGACAAGCAGUUGUUAGCUUCGCGGUGUGUUACCAAAGCCGCUAUUGCCGGCCACGAUGGAAACGUUUGGGCCAAAUCGGAAGGAUUUGAUGUCUCAAAGGAGGAACUGGCAAAGCUUGUCCAAGGCUUUGACAAACAGGACCUGUUGACAUCAUCAGGCGUGACACUGGCAGGGAACCGCUACAUCUACCUCUCCGGCACUGACAGAGUUAUCAGGGCCAAGCUUGCCAAAGUUGGCGUUCACUGCAUGAAGACACACCAAGCUGUUGUCGUGUCCCUAUAUGAAGAUCCAAUUCAGCCCCAGCAGGCAGCAUCAGUAGUGGAAAAGCUAGGAGACUACUUAGUGUCUUGUGGAUUGUAGAGGACUUUUUUUUUUUUUUACAAAAGGCUGUUCUCCUGCGGUGGCAUGAGCAGGACUCGGAAGGGAAUGAGGAAGAUAAUUGUUUGGCCAGUUCAGUUUGGAUCUCUUUCUGAGUUCCAGAUUUAUUUAGAGGUGGAGACAAUGCAUUUUUCAUACUUUCAGUACAUAUUUCCCUCUUUGUUAAAGAAUUUUGUGACAUGAUUUUGGGUGAGUGGACAUUGAGUAUUAUGUGUGAUUGACUACCUUCCUAGUACGAUCAAACCCCACCCUGACCUUUUGAUCAGCUAAGCCUACAGGCUCUCAAUGUCUGAUAGUUUUUAAUAAUUUUGUUUUUUGAUUACUCUAAAUGAAAUAAUACCCUCUGCAUUUGUUAUGAAGACCUUCCUAAUUUUGAAUACUUUCAAACUCUAGUCCUGCUCUUUCCUUCAUCCCUCAUAUUUAAAACAGAACAAUUCAAAAUGGAUUUAAUGUUAACUCUAGGGGCCUCCAUUUGAAAAUGAAUUCUGCUUUAUCACGUUUCAGAACAAUAUUACAUGUCAAAGACCUUUUUAAGUAAUUGUGAUUAGCCCUGGCCUCAAAUUUCGUAUGUUAACAAUUUGCUGUGUGUGUCUCUUCCCAGCUAGCUUUAACAUUUUAUGUGAAACAAAGGCUCAUAUGUUAGUGCUAUGUCAUUACCCUGUAUAGGAAAUGAAAUGCAGACCCAUUUUCCAUGAUUGCUAUGAUAUUGAAAUAGCUAGCUAAAACUUUUGAAAGACAUAUUUUUUUUAUUUUUCUUCUUUUGGGGGGGAGGGGGGGAUUUAUUGAAAUAGAUCUGUAUAAAGUUAAGAUGUAAUCAUUGGAUGUGUGCUUGCUGAGAACAUAAACAGCAAGCAUGACGUUAUGGAUGGGGGGUUAACAAAUUGUUCUUUUCUCAGUGAACUGGCAAUAUUCAAUUGGUGCAUAUGUGUGCCAGUUAAUGCUCUUGCCCUGCUACUGGGUCUUACAUUUUGUACUACUUUUAAUGACUGCUGAACGUGAGAUAAAGUAUUUCUUAAAUUGUAAUUAUUCCAAUUGGGCUCUCAAUAAAAGAAAAAUAGCAAUUUUAAACAUUUGUGUUUUGUAUUUGGUUUAACCUAAAGGUUGUUGGUGUUUUUAUACAAAUGCUGAAUGUUCUGCUACUGUAUGUGCUGUGUGGUACCUGGUGUACCUUUGUCUAUGAUUUAAUAAGUAAAUGAAGUGUAUACAAAGUA